AUGAAUUCGAACGGGAAAGCCAUAGUCUCCGAUGAUCCGAUUAAUUCUCUGAGAAAAAAACUGUGUUUGCGUUUUGCGUUUAGAAAAACCUACAUCGCCGGAGAUAAAUUGCCUGUGGAUGAUGUGAAGGUUUACGUUGCCGUUGUGGAGAAACCCAGCGAUGCUUUCCCCAGUGCUAGCAAUUGGUACGAUUGCCUUGCUUACCAUCUGCUAAAAGUAACAAAUUUUGGAAUUGUUGCAUCUUCUCCCGCACCUGCAGCUGAUGACGAUGAUGACAUGGAUCCUUUUGGUGAUGAGACUGAGGAAGAAAAGAAAGCUGCAGAGGAGAAGGAGGGUGCUAAGAAGGACACCAAAAAGCCCAAAGGGAGGAAGAUGAAAAGCGCAGCUGAUCUCACAAGAAGAUUGAUGAAAGCUGAGACAGAUGUGCAACCUGAGGCAUUAAAAGGUAGAAGAAACCUUUGA